AUGGAAGUUCACCACGACAAUAUGAUGGCAAGCCUCGAAGAAUUUCUAGCCAAACUCGAGGAAAUUAUGGCGCGCCGCCGCGCGACCAACAUCCAUCCAGAAUCGGCGUUGGCAGAUUCGUCAAAGGUGACUGCAAAUGACCACUCGGCAGAAACUGAGGAGGCUGCGGACGACGGAAUGGAAGUGGUAAAUGGAGCUGGCGUUAACGACGCCGUUGCCACCCCAAACAUCAUCACCGCCGAGCAGCAAAUCACCAAUGAUAAGGCCUUGUCUGCAGCUAAAAUGAAGUCGCAAUCAUCACCAACAGCGGCUGCCGUUCGGAGCACAACGACACUAACGCCAACACCCACUGCCGUGGCAGCUUCAAAGACCUCAUAG